CUGCGCCGUUACAAUGAGCAGGGAAGAUCGGGAGCUGCAGCCUGCAUUCCGAUCGCCCCAUCCAUCGCAUCAGCUCGGCCACUGCAGCAUUGCCAUCAAGCCUGCUGAGAAGAUAGAAUGGCGGGGGGAAGGAAAGGACUUGUUGCCCCUCAAAACACUUUUUUGGAAAAUAUUGUCCGUCGAUCUAAUGACACAAAUUUUGUACUUGGGAAUGCCCAGAUAGUGGACUGGCCUAUUGUGUAUAGCAAUGAUGGAUUCUGCAAACUAUCAGGAUAUCAUCGAGCAGAAGUUAUGCAAAAGAGCAGCACUUGCAGCUUCAUGUUCGGGGAGUUAACAGAGAAAGAAACAACUGACAAAGUACAACAGACAUUUGAAAACUAUGAUAUCAACUCAUUUGAAAUCCUCAUGUAUAAAAAAAACAGAACUCCAGUUUGGUUCUUUGUGAAGAUUGCUCCUAUUCGGAAUGAGCAAGAUAAGGUGGUUUUAUUUCUUUGCACCUUCAGUGAUAUCACAGCCUUCAAACAACCUAUUGAAGAUGAUUCAUCCAAAGGCUGGGGUAAAUUUGCUCGUCUGACAAGAGCACUCACGAGCAGCAGAGGUGUCUUGCAGCAACUUGCUCCAACUGUGCAUAAAGGAGAAAGUGUACACAAGCAUUCACGGCUGGCUGAGGUUUUACAGCUUGGUUCUGAGAUUCUUCCGCAGUACAAACAAGAAGCACCAAAGACUCCACCCCAUAUCAUCCUACAUUAUUGUACAUUUAAAACUUCCUGGGAUUGGAUUAUCCUGAUCCUGACUUUCUACACUGCCAUCAUGGUUCCAUACAAUGUCUCCUUCAAGACCAAACAAAACAAUGUGACUUGGUUGGUGGUUGACAGCAUUGUCGACGUCAUCUUUUUGGUAGACAUUGUCCUCAAUUUUCAUACCACUUUUGUUGGGCCAGCUGGGGAAGUAAUUUCGGACCCAAAGCUCAUCCGCAUGAAUUACUUGAAGACUUGGUUUGUUAUAGAUCUUCUCUCCUGUUUGCCAUAUGAUGUCAUCAAUGCCUUUGAAAAUGUUGAUGAGGGCAUCAGCAGUCUCUUCAGCUCCCUGAAAGUUGUGAGGCUUCUUCGUUUAGGCCGAGUAGCACGAAAGUUGGACCAUUAUAUUGAAUAUGGAGCAGCAGUGUUGGUGCUUCUUGUGUGUGUAUUUGGGCUGGCAGCUCACUGGUUGGCUUGUAUCUGGUACAGCAUUGGGGAUUAUGAAGUGAUCAACGAAGAACUAAACAGAAUCAGAACUGAUAGUUGGCUAUAUCAGCUUGGAGAAACUGUAGGAAUGCCAUAUCAUUUUAAUACAAGUGGAACCGAGAAGUGGGAAGGUGGACCAAGUAAAGACUCUGUGUAUAUUGCCUCCCUCUACUUCACAAUGACCAGCCUCACCAGUAUUGGAUUUGGUAACAUUGCUCCAACAACUGAUGGUGAGAAGAUUUUUGCAGUGGCUAUGAUGAUGAUUGGUUCUCUCUUGUAUGCAACCAUAUUUGGUAAUGUGACAACGAUCUUUCAACAAAUGUAUGCUAAUAGCAACAGAUAUCAUGAGAUGCUGAAUUGUGUCCGAGACUUUUUGAAGCUCUAUCAGGUGCCCAAAGGCUUGAGUGAACGUGUCAUGGACUACAUUGUUUCUACUUGGUCAAUGUCUAAAGGAAUUGAUACUGAAAAGGUUCUCGAAAUCUGUCCUAAGGAUAUGCGUGCAGACAUUUGUGUUCAUUUAAAUCGUAAAGUCUUCAAAGAACAUCCAGCUUUUAGACUCGCAAGUGACGGCUGUUUACGAGCUCUGGCAAUGGAGUUUCAAACCAUUCAUAGUGCUCCAGGAGAUUUACUUUAUCACGCAGGCGAAAGUGUUGACAGCCUUUGCUUUGUGGUUUCUGGGUCCUUGGAAGUAAUUCAAGACGAAGAAGUUGUUGCUAUCCUAGGGAAAGGAGAUGUCUUUGGAGAUGUUUUCUGGAAAGAAAAUACCCUUGCUCAGUCGUGCGUCAAUGUCAGAGCCCUGACUUAUUGUGACCUUCACGUUAUCAAAAGAGAUGCCUUGCAGAAAGUUCUGGAAUUCUAUACAGCCUUUGCAAACUCCUUUUCAAGGAACCUUAUCCUAACAUAUAACCUUAGGAAAAGGAUUGUCUUCCGAAAAAUUAGUGAUGUGAAGCGUGAGGAGGAAGAAAUGAUGAGAAGAAAGAAUGAGGCGCCAUUAAACCUACCUCCAGAUCAUCCAGUACGCAGACUUUUCCAAAGGUUUAGACAGCAGAGAGAGGCCCGUAUGGCAGCUGAACGAUUAAAGGAGGUCGAUGAUAUGGAGAGAGGUCCUGCACAAUUACAAAGUCCUGCAAUAGAGGAAGCAGCAACAACCAGUGUAGUUACAGUCACAGAAAGCCCUGCAACUCCAACACCUUCACAAGUGGUUAGAGCCACAACAGAGAUAUCAGAUCAAGAUAAAUUGCAAGCUCCAACAUCUGAGCAAUUUACAAUUACAAGGCAAUCUGGAGAAUCCAGUAAGCGAAAGGGUUGGUCAAAAUUUAAAGAUUCUACUUCUAAAGCAGAAGACUGGAAUAAAGUGUCCAAGGCAGAAUCCAUGGAAACGUUGCCAGAAAGAACUAAACCCCUUGAAGAGGUGUCUUUGAAAAAAACAGACUCGUUUGACAGUGGCAUCACAAAGAGUGAUUUGAGAUUAGACAAUGCAGGGGAAGCACGGAGUCCUCUGGACCAAAGUCCUGUGCUUACAGAGGCAAAGCACACUUUUUAUCCAAUUCCUGAACAAACACUUCAAGCCACCAUAUUCGAUGUAAAGAAUGAGCUGAAACAAGACUUAAAAUCACUUAAUAACAAGAUAACUAAUAUUGAGAAACAACUUUCAGAAAUACUGAGGAUAUUAAAUUCAAGAACCACACAUUCACCACAGGAAAUAUUUGAAAUAUCAAGGCCCACAACCCCAGAAUCUGAUAAAGAAGAUCAGCAGUUCUAACUGAACCAAUCUUAACAUUAAUAAAAGCAUAAACUGCAAUUGGAAAAUCCAGGUGAAAAUGUAACUAGCUUUGUCCUAUUUGACAAUGAGCUCUUCGCUGCAAUAGUGGGACGUAAUCAUGUUUUUUUCCCCCUGACUUUCCUUGGAGUCAUAUACAUAUCUAUGUGUAUAAAUGCCACAGUUACAGAAUGAAGACUAAAAAUACUACUGAUUUUACUGAUAUGCUGGUGAAUGUAUGGUGAUCAGUUUAAAAGUACUGAAAUAAUGAACACGCAAUCUAAAAAUAUCUUUGACAGACUGGCGGUUCACAUCUUAUCACAAAGGUAAAUGCCACAUUUUUUUGGAAAUUAAUUAGGAAAAUGCUGAAUUCUUUGUUUUCCUGCUUAAUGUGACAGCCAUCUGCUUCAUGAGUGUAAUCAAAAGAAAAUAUAGGGAUUCAUACAGAUCUGCACUAUAUUCCAUUAUAUUUAUUAUUUACCAACGUUUACCUUGUUUCUUAGACCUUAGAACAUAAUGCCCUUUACAUUACAUCUAUUUCAUUGACUUUAUACAGCAGAAAUAUGUCUAACUUUUUUGUAAUAACUAAGAUCACACUUAAUCAUGCGUGCAGCUUUGCUCCAUAUUCAUUUCAACCUUCACUUUUAAGCAACUUAAAUUGAAGAGUUUAAAAAAAAAAUUGAGCAACGGUUUCAAUGGUUAUUUGUUUUGCCACAGGCUUGUUUAUUUUUACUGUUCUGCUGUUUCUGCUUGCAGUUUUCUGACAACGCAGAUGGAAUUUUUCCUUCUGAAGCCACCGGUUUUUACCAGAUGGUUCCAUAGACGCUGGGUUUCUCCGGUAUCUUGUCCCAUACAGCUGAUCGUCGUGUAUUGCUAGUAGAUAAAUAAUACCGUAAACCUCAAAUAUAGGAACUUGAAAAUUGAGCCACGUUUGUACUCAUUGUGUGUACAUGUAAAUCUGUGCAGUAGUUACCAAUAUUGAUCAGAACUGUGAAUAUUGGAUGAUUUCUCCUCCUCCAGUAGAGGUGAUACAAUAACUCGGACCAUGCAAACAAUAUUCAUGCUGGAUUCCAGUAGAUUAACAUCUGUAGUCCAAGUCCUGGCAAAUCCAAUGUAGCCAAAUAUGAACCAUGCUAACCUUUGCAUUAAGCAGUUCAUUCAAACUUAUCUAAAUGACUCAUUCACAGAUGUCAUUUGUGAAUAAAUUGUUAUUUUAAAUCCAUUGUCAAAUCAGGUCUUACUGGCAAAUGGAAACAUUUAUUAAAUGAUACAUGUUCAAUCAGUUAUGAAUGUAAUUUUACUAGAAACAAAGCUCUAAUCAUAAAACCACCUUGUAUUGUUACAUAUCCUAAAAGUUGUCAUGGAUUCUUGCUGCUUUUGCAGCAUCCUGAAUUAUUCUGCUAAAUGCACGAGAAAGUUAUAAAAUUGCAUAUCUACUUAGACUAUGAACUUGAAUGCAACCAUAAAUGUAAAGGUUAAUAAUUUACAAGGACAGGUUUGGAGAAAUCAUUCAGUGUACAAUUGAAUUUCCUAAGAAUCUAGUACAAAGAACCAAGUUGUGACCUGAAUGUGUACAGAGAUGGAAGAUAUUCUUCCACAGUACGAUCAACAGAACAUCUAAGAUUUAACACCUGAAAGACAAAAUUGAAACAAGGCUACAUUCAUCUGUUGAGUGAGGAGCCGAUCCUGAAGUAAAGGAGAACAAUAAAGAUUUUAAUACAUCUGUUCUGAUUGCUGGAAGUAAUAAAUCUAGUUUCAGUUUCCUUCCUUGAUAUUUAAAAAUGUUUAACAGAUUUUACUGUUACAACUGAUGUAAACUAUGGCUCUGCUCAACGUUAAAAACUUUCCAAGGCAUUCACAAUUGACAGUUACAAAUGAAUGGAAUUCAGAAGAGGUAUACAGAAGAAACCAAGAAUACAGGUAACAUUCCUCAAAUAAAAAGAACAGUUUAAUUCAUUGUCACAAGUUACCAAUUAAAAGAAUUCUUGUCUUUGCACAACAAACUGCAAUUAUUCCCAAGUAUGUUUUCCAUAGAUACCUUUAUCCAUCAAUAUAAAAUGAAUCAACAAAUGCUACCACAUAAUAUAGUCUGGUCUGCAAAGGAGAAACUUAAAAUAUAGAAAAAAUGCAUAAUUUUUUAUUGUUUGUGUGUACUUUUUCAAUAGCUCAUAAGAACAGGUUACUUCAAAUGCCUGAAUUCCUACAAGAAAACUUGAUUUCCAAAGAACCUUAGACUACUUUUAUUUUGUUAGGAGAUUAAAAAAAAUGAUAAAGUUAUUAGUUCUGUUUUAAUCGUGCUGCUAUAAACAUUUUUGCUGUCCUGCAGAAAUUGUGACACAGUAAUUUAGCAAUAUACUGUAUGAAUCUGUUUUAGCAGCACAACAUGCUCACAUAUGCUUAUUGGAACUUAUUUAGCCAAUUUAAACUCACACAAACAUUGUGUACAAAAGCACAAGGUUGUCAAAUAAAUACCGAUGAGGUAAGAAUACAAAAUGUUUAACUAUAAAAGGCCCAAAAUCUGAGAGUCGUGAAAGAUGUCAGUUGAGAAGGACAAACCCAGCCUUCAAAGUGACAAGAAAUUGAUAUUACUCAGAAAGAAAUGCUGUUUUUAAUUUGUUUAUUUUUUGCAUGAUCUGCACAUUGCAGUAGGAUUAGAGCUUUGUAGGAAUGUGCUUCACUUGUUUUAUUUCCAAAUCAAGGAAGCAUCAGAUAAAUAACAAUAUUAGAGUCAGUCCAGCUUUACGAUUUUAUCAUUAAUAUAAUUCUGCACAUAUUCCCACAAGCAUGACAAAUGUACUGAAGAGUUUAGGAACUAUUUUUGUGGUCAGCCAGGAAAGCUGCCAGUAGUGGUAUAUGUACUGAUUUUGCAACAGUGAAUAGAAUUUAUGCACAUCAUAUCAAUAUUCCUGUAAUAAAAUGAAACAUUAAGCACAAA